CUAUUCAUUUCUAAUUUUUUUUUCUUUAAAAUUUCUUACUUUUUCCAUAACAAUCUAUGCAGCUGCCAUGUCAGUAUAGUGGAACAAUAGUUCUCCCUCUAAAACCAAAGAAAAGAAAGCACCUUUUUCUGCCAUUAUUGAUCCUCACAGCUGAAACUCAUCAAUGGCGAAAGAAGCUUGAAACCCACCAUUUCCAAAGUUUGCUCUUUCUGUACCCCCUCUUCUUCUUUUACAUUUUUCUCUUCUGGGUUCCUCUUCUUCUUCUCAUCUCUGUUUAGUUCAUAGCUCCACAUUUUCAAAGAUUUUCAAUUACUGUGGCAGUUUUCUCAGUCACUGAUUUUCUGGUCUCUUCAGUCGCGGAAAUCGUUCUUAUACUUAUUUCUGCCCUGGGAUAGUUGGGCCGGGCCGGGCCUGGUAAGUGCCGCUUCGAUCAAGCGUUAAACCACUACAAUUAAAGUACGUGGGUCUGCUCGGUGAUAUCGAACGAACUAACCCUAGCUGCUUCUGCGAUUUCUGAAGUUUCCAUUGAUUCAGCGUGUGCGUACAACAAUGAUUUCUUCCUCCUUCAAGCUUCGGACACACCUUAUCCAUGGCAACCACUGCACCCAAACCCUAAUCACUAAAUUUUUAUGCACCUCUGCUCUUCCACACCAUUCUCAAAGAUUCCCUUCCCACCAAAACCAACAACAAUCACCUUCUGAUCCUACACACUUUCAGCCUCAACAUUUCAAUCCACAGACCAAUCAAUUUCUUCACCAUAACCAUCCACCUCGUCAAUAUAAUGUGCCUCCUCCAUUUCCACAACAUGGCCAAAACCAUAAUCAGUGGAAUCCUCAAUCCCCAACCCAUCAAAGCCCUAAUUUUCAAACUCCCACUUCUCAAAAUCCUAACUUACGCCCAUCCACUUCCCCCAAUCGAUGGAACAAUCAAAACCCUGCUACCCCUAAUCCGUGGAGCCCUAAGACUCAGGGGUUCCCAAACCCUAACCAAUUCCAAAACCCUAGUAACCAGCUGAACAACAAUCAAACAUCUAUUCAAGGACAAGCCUCCCCUGCUCCUCCACCGCCACCUCCUUCAAUCACUGAUUUGGCACUUUUGUGCAAGGAGGGUAAUGUUAAAGAAGCGAUAAAGUUGAUGGACAAAGGGGUCAAAGCUGAUGCUGGUUGCUUCAAUCUUCUGUUUGACUUGUGUGGCCAAUCCAAUUCCCUUGAAGAUGCAAAGAAGGCCCAUGACCACUUUCUGCAGUCUUCUUUUAGGAGUGAUCUCAUGCUCAACAACAAGGUGAUUGAAAUGUAUGGGAAUUGUAAAAGCAUGACGGAUGCACGUAGGGUGUUCGAUCAUAUGUCCAGCAGGAAUAUGGAUUCUUGGCUCUUGAUGAUGCGGGGUUACGCAAAUAACACCAAUGGGGAUGAUGCCUUGCAGUUGUUUGAACAGAUGAAUGAACUGGGUUUGGAGAUUACUUCAGAGACUUUGCUUGUUGUGUUGUCAGCUUGUGCCAGUGCAGAGGCUGUGGAGGAUGCUUACGUACAUUUUGAGUCAAUGCAAAGCAAGUACGGAAUAGAGCCUGGGGUGGAGCACUACAUGGGGCUUUUGGAUGUUCUGGGACAAUCUGCAUAUCUCAAUGAAGCUGAGGAGUUUAUUGCUAAAUUGCCAUUUGAGCCCUCUGUAACCGUAUGGGAGAAACUGAAGCAUUAUGCUCGGGUUCAUGGAGACGUUGAUCUUGAAGACUAUGCUGAAGAGUUGAUGGUUAGUCUUGACCCAUCAAAGGCUGUUGUGAAUAAGAUCCCCACGCCACCUCCGAAGAAGUAUACUGCAAUUAGCAUGCUUGAUGGAAGGAACAGAAUUAUUGAGUAUAAGAAUCCUACCCUUUACAAGGAUGAUGAAAAGUUGAAGGCCUUGAGUGGGAUGAAAGAUGCGGGAUAUGUUCCUGAUACAAGAUAUGUUCUUCAUGACAUUGAUCAAGAAGCAAAGGAGCAAGCCUUGCUCUACCACAGUGAACGUCUAGCAAUUGCCUAUGGCCUCAUUAGUACUCCACCAAGAACACCUCUUAGAAUCAUCAAGAACCUUCGUGUCUGUGGUGACUGCCACAAUGCCAUCAAGAUCAUGUCCAGGAUUGUUGGGAGGGAAUUAAUUGUUAGAGAUAACAAAAGGUUUCAUCAUUUCAAGGAUGGAAAAUGCUCUUGUGGGGAUUAUUGGUGAAAUCUUUACUUGAAAUCUUCCAGUAGCAUGGAUAUAUCAUUUUUUAUCCCCUUAUACCGGAGAACAUCUGUAUUUAGAUAUUUUGAUAUUAUUAUAAUUAUGUUCUUGCUGCUAAGAUGUUAUCUCUUACAACAGAAGAUCAUUACCUUUUGUAUGAUG